CAGAUGGACAAUGCAAGGAUGAACUCCUUUCUAGACUAUUCCAUCAUUAGCGGAGACACUGGGACUUGUUCUUCUAGAAGUUACCAUGCAGAUCAAGGAAUUACAACUUAUCAGUCUUGUGCCGUUGGCAAUAAUAAUAGCAACGUUGAUGAGCGCUAUAUCGUGAGCAGAGGUGUUCAGAUAAGUGCUCCCCUUCAUCAUCACCACCAUCAACGUGCCAACUACCCACAUAACAACCUGGGCAUUCCUUAUAGUGCCCACCCUAACUGUGGGACAGGAUACCCAGCACAAAGCUUUAACACAGGCUAUAGUCAUCACUAUUCACUGAACCAAGAGACUGAUGGCAACGGAGGUUAUCCUCAGUGCAAUCCAGCCGUCUAUCCUGGAAACCUCGCCUCAGCAAUUAGCCCGCAGCACCAUGGCUUUGGCGGGAUGGUGGGAGCAGGCCAAUAUGCCCAUCACCCUUACAGGCAGGAGCAUCAGAGUUUAGUGCUCGCUACAGGCUGUCACCCUAUGUCACCCGUUCCUGGUUCUCACCAGGAGGCUUGCUGCUCCCCGUCAGCUGAAACUUCUCCCCCAGCACAGACCUUUGAAUGGAUGAAAGUGAAGAGGAAUCCGCCAAAGACAGGGAAGGCUGGUGAGUACGGAUUUGCCGGUCAGCCCAAUACGGUGAGAACCAAUUUCACCACCAAACAACUCACGGAGCUGGAGAAAGAGUUCCACUUCAACAAGUACCUGACCCGGGCCAGGCGGGUGGAAAUCGCUGCUGCCCUCCAGCUUAACGAAACACAGGUAAAAAUUUGGUUCCAGAACCGCCGCAUGAAGCAGAAAAAGCGGGAAAAAGAGGGUCUUACCUCAACUUCUCCGGCCACACCUGGAAGUGAAGCGAACACAGAAGACGCUUCAGAUAAAUCAAGCUCUACCUCGUCGACCCCCUCCCCUUCAUCAUCUACCUCAGAAACUCUCAAUACUUAAGGCUAAAGCAUUCCAAACACCAAACCAAACGUUUUACCAGUUGUCUUUAGUUAAAAAGGAAACAAGAUGUAACUCCAUAUGAUUUUUCUGGGAAACUAACUAAACGAAACAUUAUGGGUUGGGGAAAAUAAUCUGCCAAUCUCUAAGCAAACCAGAGAUGCACUAUUUCAAAAGCGUUUACACAGAAAAAAAAUCAACUACUGUAUAAUAUAAUUGUCCUAUUUUAAUUUAACGUGUUGCAUAUAUAUUGUAAGCUGCGCUGGCUGUAUAUAUUGUCAAGAGUUUAUCUUUUUACAAAUAUUUUCUAAAAAAAAGAUCAUGUUGAGAGCCAGGGUCACGUGGCCCUUAUAUGAAGUAGAUGUAGAGAUUUUAUAUGAAAAUGUAAUCGAUGAAUUGGAGUGGAAAUUAUGCAUUUCUUGUUCAUGCAGAACGUCGAGCUGAGUGAAUAGAGAUGCUCUGCCCACACUGUGGAAGGUUAUAUGUACAGGAGUUAUUGUAUACUUCAUUGCACUGGGCUAUGUAAAAUGUGAAAAGUGAAAGAUGUUAAGUAUAUGUCCCGCCCCCUUCCAAAUGUAAGUUGGUUACCUCAAGACCAGCAGUAGCACAUUGUUAAAAUACCUCAGAAUGAUCACGUUUACUCAGAUAUUUGUUGGGCUUAAUGUCAUGAGCUAUCUGUUAAAGUAAGUUAAUUAAGAAUGUAAGCCAAACGAACGUUUCUUUCUUUCCCCCUGUGGUUUGUGUCUAGAAUUUUGCAUGAUACAAUGCUGUCAGUGUGUACUUCUUCUACAUUACUGAGUUUUAUCAGUUCUUCUCUGUGACUAGAUGUUAUAUACAAUCAGCACGUGAUUUCAGACAGUUCUGAGAUUUUUAUGAGACUGAAAUCCAGAACAGAACUUACGGGUCCAGAUAAUAAAUUCUAUU